AUGUGUGCCUUCCCCAAUUUAACUGAGAUUCAUGGUGGAAAUGAUUAUGUGUUUGUGAAACUCAUGAGUUUUGUUAUCCCCUCUUUGUCUGUGUCAUCUUAUGAAAUUUGUUUUAAACUAACAUACAAUAUUCAUAUUUCUAGGGCUGCUUAUGAUACAUCUGCUCCAAAUUCUAAACGUAGAUAUCCUGAUGAGGGAGAAGCUGAUGAAGAAGAAAUAGAAGAAUAUAAAGAUGAAGUGGAGCUUCAACAAGAUGAAGAGAAUCUACCAUACGAAGAAGAAAUUUACAAAGAUUCCAGUACAUUUCUUAAGGGGACACAGAGCUUAAAUCCUCAUAAUGAUUACUGUCAGCAUUUUGUGGACACUGGACACAGACCUCAAAAUUUCAUCAGAGAUGUGGGUUUAGCAGAUAGAUUUGAAGAAUAUCCAAAACUCCGGGAACUCAUUAGGCUGAAGGAUGAGCUAAUAUCUAAAUCUAACACCCCUCCAAUGUAUUUACAAGCUGAACUGGAAGCUUUUGACCUUCGUGAACUCAAGUCUAAGUUUGAUGUGAUCCUUUUAGAACCACCGUUGGAAGAAUACUAUAGAGAGACUGGCAUUACUGCUAAUGAGAAAUGCUGGACAUGGGAUGAUAUUAUGAAGCUGGACAUUGAAGAAAUUGCUGCCCCACGAUCAUUUGUCUUUCUUUGGUGUGGUUCUGGUGAGGGCCUGGAUCUCGGCAGGGUGUGUUUGCGCAAAUGGGGAUACAGAAGAUGUGAAGAUAUAUGUUGGAUUAAAACAAAUAAAAAUAAUCCUGGGAAGACCAAGACUUUGGAUCCCAAAGCUGUUUUUCAAAGAAC